GCUGCCUAGGGUAGGCGCGCGGCUUCCCGCGCGGAACCGGAGCGGGACCCGCGCCGUGAUCGGGGCUGGGAUCGGGAGCAGGAUCCGGAUCAGGGAUCGGGACCAGGAUCGGGCCGGUGACGUUGGACACGGCAGCAGAUGGCGAACUCGGCAGCGAACUCGGGCCUCCCUAGCGCGGAGCUCUGGGCCUCCCACAACAAGAUGGUGAUGGAGCCGCUCGACAGCAACGACCCGGAGGUGCACAGCAUCAUCAAGAAGGAGAAGCAGCGGCAGAGGCUGGGGCUGGAGCUGAUCGCGUCGGAGAACUUUGCGAGCCGAGCGGUCCUGGAGGCCCUGGGAUCCUGCCUGAACAACAAAUACUCCGAGGGCUACCCAGGACAGAGGUACUACGGCGGGACCGAGUUCGUAGACGAGCUGGAAAGGCUGUGUCAGAAGCGAGCCCUGCAGGCGUACCGCCUCGACCCCCAGAAGUGGGGCGUCAACGUCCAGCCCUACUCAGGUAACGGUGCUGUCGGGAGAGCCAGGCUGGGCUGCGCCAUCCCGACGCCCGUAACCGCCCCGGUGUGCUCCCACCGCAGGGUCCCCCGCCAACUUCGCCGUGUACACGGCCUUGGUGGAGCCUCACGGCAGGAUCAUGGGGCUGGACCUGCCCGACGGGGGGCACCUGACGCACGGGUUCAUGACGGAGAAGAAGAAGAUCUCUGCCACCUCUGUCUUCUUCGAGUCCAUGCCCUACAAGGUCAACCCCAAGACGGGUUACAUCGAUUACGACCGCCUGGAGGAGAACGCCCGCCUGUUCCACCCCAAGCUGAUCAUAGCAGGCGUCAGCUGCUACUCGCGCAACCUGGACUACGCCCGCAUGCGGAAGAUCGCCGACGCCAACGGCGCCUACCUCAUGGCCGACAUGGCCCACAUCAGCGGGCUGGUGGCCGCCGGCGUCGUGUCCUCGCCCUUCGACCACUGCGACGUCGUCUCCACCACCACGCACAAGACCCUGCGGGGCUGCAGGGCCGGCAUGAUCUUCUACCGCAAAGGCACCCGCAGCGUGGACCCCAAGACGGGCAAGGAAACGCUCUACAACCUGGAGAGCCUCAUCAACCAGGCGGUCUUCCCCGGGCUGCAGGGGGGCCCGCACAACCACGCCAUCGCAGGUACACAGCGCCGGGCUGGCUGCCCGGACUUGCGCUGGCAGUGCCGCACAUCCCCACCAGCUCUCCCGAAGACCCUCCAACAACUUUUGGAAGCCCCCCAGAACUCAGCCCUCCCCCCCCGCCCCCCCCCCGCCCCGGGCUUUGCCUCCCCGCAGGGAUCGCCGUGGCGCUGCGGCAGGCCAUGACGCCCGAGUUCAAGGCGUACCAGCAGCAGGUGGUGGCCAACUGCAGGGCGCUCUCGGCAGCGCUGAUGGAGCUGGGCUACGACAUUGUCACGGGUAAGGAGCGCUCGGGGUCACCGGCACGGGGCCGGCUCCUGCGCACGGUCCCAGGUCCAAGCCAGGCCUCCAGGGUGUACGUGCACAGACGCGACGGGCAGGGCGCUGCUGUAGCCGUUCCUCAGGACUCCAUGAAACUAUUUCUUACCAGCUUUGCUAAGCAGCCCCUUCCCCAGGAAGGCACCCUUCUGCCCUCCAGCUCCGGGGCAGGCCCUGGUGAAUUUCCCACGCCUUUUCUUGCUUUAGUCUUGAUCGGGAGCAGUCUUUACCCCAACCUCCCGUCUUCGCAGGGGGCUCCGACAACCACCUCAUUCUCCUGGACCUGCGCAGCAGAGGCACGGACGGUGGCCGGGCCGAGCGGGUGCUGGAGCUCUGUUCCAUCGCCUGCAACAAGAACACGUGCCCCGGUAGGUGCCCUGUUUCCCCCGUGCCUCCUGCUCCCAGCUGGCCCCCAGGCCACGCAGAGCUCCCCACGGCGCUCCCAGCCCCGGGGGGCCAGGCCAAGUCCCCGCACAUGGCGGUCACGGUGCCCGGCCCGGUCACUCCCUCGUUCUGCUGCAGGCGACGUCAGCGCCCUGCGCCCCAGCGGUCUGCGCUUCGGGACGCCGGCUCUCACCUCCCGCGGCUUCCAGCAGGAUGAUUUCCGCAUGGUGGCUCAGUACAUCCACAGAGGGAUCGAGCUGACGCUGCGGGUGCAGAGCGACAUGAGCCCCAAGGCCACGCUGAAGGAGUUCAAGGAGAAACUGGAGGAGGAGCAAUACCAGAAGGAGCUCAAGGCACUGAAGGUGGAGGUGGAAGCCUUCGCAGCGACCUUCCCGCUCCCAGGGCUGCCUGUCCUGUAAGGGGAAGCACCCAGAGCCACGAACCCAGGACCACGGCGCGCACACACCCCCAGUCCCCGAGCCCAGCGCCCCAGAGCCUCCUCCCUGCUGCUGGCAGUGGCUCCGCGCAGCAGAUCCCAGCAGAUCCUCGUUCGGCUCUUCUUCCUCACCCCGUUUCGGAGGCAGGAACCCCUCUGAGCACAGCCCCCGCAGGGGCACACCACCCCUUCCAGCAGCAGACGUUACCGGCGGGUCUGAGCAGAAGGAAACCCCCAGCCUCAGACGGAUUUGGGUUUCAUCCAGCUCUGCCCGGCUGCGGGAGCAGCAGAGGAGGUUACAGCCCUGCCUGGCAUGGUUAUCUUUGCCAAAACCCCCCCCGCCCAGGGUGGCUGGGGGGGGGGUGGAAAAAAUGUGAAUCCACCCCCAGGAGCCAGCACCUUAAAAAGCCUUCCUGGCUUCAGCAUCCCAGACUUGCCUUUGGACGCGUGCACCAGCUCUGCCUUCGUGCUUGCCAGCCUCCACGUGCCUUGACAAGGCCAAGCCUCGUCGCAAAUCCCCCAGGAACAGCCCUCCUGGGCCUGCCGGGCCACCUCCACUGCUAGCACCAGCCCGAGGCUCCAGGGGUUUCUCAGACCUUCGGUGGAACCAUUUUUUAAUGAGCACAGUAAUAAUCAAGGAGUUAACCACAACGUAUGACAAGAAUUAUAAGCUUUAAAGAAUACAACCAAUUUUUCUUUUUUUUUUUUUUUGUAUUUCAAAAAUAUCUGAACCCAAAUAAAUAAUUUUUUUUUUUUUUUAAAAGUA